AAAAUCGGUAAACGUAAACAUAAUUCAUAUUCUAUCAAACAAAAAAAACAAGUUGUUGCCUAUGCUAAAGAAAACAGUAUAAAUCAAGCUGUGGCAGCUUUUAAGCUUGAUCGUAGUAUG